GGAGGCGGGGUUUGGUGAUGACGUCGUCACUCCGCGCCGCUGCUGGAAGUCCAUGUGAUACACGGAUUCGCUAUGGAAAUGGGAACCGACAAGAAGAAUAUUCCUAGGAACAAACGGAAAAUGGAGAAAACAGGAGGGAAGCUCCGUCCAUCAUCUGAUAACGUGGAGGCCGCACCGCAAAAGAGACCAAAGCAAAGCAAGAGCGACCAGAACAAACGAGGGGACCGAGCAACGGAAGAGAAAGGGAAGACCCCGACUGAGUCACCUCGCCAAAGGCUGGACCCAAAGUCUGUGGGCUACUUCCGCAGGGUGGGGGAAAGUCUGCAGCAACAGUUUGAAUCGGAUGAAGACCGAGGUCUCUUCGUCGCUAAUGUCUUCGGGGAGGUUAAGGGCAACGAGUUGACGUUGGCCAGUGACAUGUCUGGAAGCCUCGUACUGCAGAAGCUCCUUUCAGUCGCCAGCUCGGCUCAGCUGCGCCGGGUACUGGGAGCCCUUAGCGAGGACUGGGAGGCGGUGUGCUGGCACCGCAGCGGAGCUCAUGUGGUCCAGACUGCCCUCUUACAGUACCCGCGACUACAAAACCAGCAGGAGACAGGGGAGGAGGAAGAGACAGAGGAAGAGAGCGACGCGGGUUCCUGCAGCAGCCUGGAGGACCUUGUCUUGAGUCUCUGCUCGGAGCUGAAAGAAAAGUUUUUGUUGUAUAAUCAGAACACGCACGGCAGCUUCAUCGUACGGACUGUUUUCCAAGUGCUUAGCGGCGUGAUCUUGAACCCCGAUACAAGCAAACAGAAAGGCUUUCACGGAGCAGCAGUGAAGUCUAAAUUUGAUGUUCCAGAAACUUUUCUGCAGUCAUUACAAGAGCUGAGCGGCUGCUUCACGGAUCACAUAGGAGUGUUCUCAACAAACAAAAUUGCCAGUCUGGGCAUGCAGGUCGCGCUGCAGGUCCUGAAAAGGAAAGUCCCUUCCGCAUGCGCCGAGCUUUGCGACCAAGUGAUUGAUUAUCUGUCCUCCCGCAACGUAAACGCCGAGAGCAGCUCCCUCCUGGUGUUCCUGAAAGAUGAGACCAGCAGCCGACUUCUGGAGAGAAUUUUGGAGGUGUCUGAGAAGAAGCAGCUACAGAAGCUUUUCCGAGCGCACUUCCGAGGCCAGCUGCAGGUCCUGUCCUCCCAUCCAAUAGCCAACUACACUGUCCAGAGGCUGAUUACCGCCACCCAGACCAAGAAAAUGUUCACGGAGCUGUUUGAAGAGUUGUGUGGGUGCCUGGAGGACGUCUUAGCCAAAGGUCACAUGGGGAUCAUCACCACCCUAGCAGAGGCCUGCAAAAGACUCAACCGAUGUCAGCCGGAGUUCCUCUCCCAUCUCAUGGGGGCCUUCCACUGCGCUGUUCCGGCUUCUCGUGGGGUGACAUGCGUCCCCCUGUUCCUCUCGUUGCUGACGUAUGAGGUUUAUUACAACAUUGAGGAAAAGGAGGAGGAGGAACCAUCAGAACAUGAGGACAACCCAAACCGGAAGCUGGAAAGUGUGAAUUAUCACGGCUCUUUGGUUGUCCAACAUCUCCUGCACUUUGAAGACCCAAUGCCAGCCCUGAACAGCCUUGGUUGCAUGACGGAGGCUGACCUCUUGACCAUCGCCUGCAGUCAGGCCGGCAGCCAUGUUUUCGAUGCUCUUCUCAACAGCUCCACCAUAACGGAUAAGCAGAGAAAGAAGGUUCUGAAGAAGCUGAGGGCUCACUGCACGCAGUUGGCUUGCAACAAGCACGGGAGCCGUGUACUCGACCGAAUGUGGGCUGCGUCGACGAUGGGCGUGAAAGAGGAGAUCGCUCAGAAACUCGUUGAAAGGCUCGGCGAGCUUCAGAAGGAUCCGGUCGGUCACCAUAUCGCUCGCAAUUUCGCCCUGACGCAUUUUGUUAAAAGGCGGAAAGACUGGGAGGAGCAUCAAGAAGCGGAGAAUAAGCGGCGCAAGAUGUUCGCGGAUAUCCUGGACGACUGAGGAGGAAACGUAACUGGCGGAGCGGCGCGGCUGCAUGGUUCUUCGUCGGCCUGUGACUUAGGCUGUGGGUGCGGUGGCCGUUCCCAAUGUGUUUCACGCUCUAAGCGUUUGUGGGUCUUCUAGAAACAUCCGUGUAACACGGAGCACGUGAAUGACUUGGGACAAGAUGGUCUGUACUGUACUUUAUUGAAUAUCAUCACCACGUUGGCUUCUCUAUAGCUGCGUCGUCUCACAACUCCAUCGCCUGAGCCUCGUAUGCUUGUACUCAGAGCUGUCAGGCCCUUCACUUCUCAAAUGUAUUACGGUCUAUGGUUUGUAUACAACUUCUGUUCGGACUGUUCCUUCACCUCUGGGGCGUAGCGUUUGCCUGAACAUUGUUAAAAAUCUGCAUUGGUUUUUCAUAAACGUGUUACUGUUCUAAAAUAAAUAAUCUGGACCGCAUUGGAGAUAAGAAGCCACGUAUGUGUAACCCCCUCCUGAUUCCUGCACCAGUUAAUGGGGGGGCGCACAAAUAUUUUAUGAUACAAAAUAAAUCACCUAGUUUCAGA